AUUGCAAUGGGAAGUCCCGGCAAUGCAUCUUUGAUCGUGACCUUCACAGGCAGACGGGAAAUGGAUUCCGUUGCCUCAACUGCAAUGACAACACGGACGGCAUUCACUGCGAGAGGUGCAGAGAAGGAUUUUACCGACAGAGAGAGAGAGACCGCUGUUUGCCCUGCAAUUGUAACUCCAAAGGUUCUCUUAGCGCGCGAUGUGACGACUCUGGACGGUGCAGCUGUAAGCCAGGUGUGAUGGGAGACAGGUGUGACCGAUGCCUGCCAGGCUUCCACACACUCACUGAUGCUGGGUGCACCCAGGACCGAAGGCUACCGGACUCCAAGUGUGACUGUGACCCAGCUGGCAUCUCGGGGCCCUGUGACACGGGCCGCUGUGUCUGCAAGCCUGCUGUCACCGGAGCACGAUGUGAUAGGUGUCGACCAGGUUACUACCACCUGGAUGAGGGAAACCCUGAGGGCUGUACCCAGUGUUUUUGCUACGGGCAUUCAGCCAGCUGCCGCAGCUCUGGGGACUACAGUGUCCACAGAAUCACCUCUACCUUCCAUCAAGGUGCUGACGACUGGAAGGCUAUCCAAAGAAAUGGGUCUCCUGCAAAACUCCACUGGUCCCAGCGCCAUCGAGACGUGUUUACCUCGGCAGGAAGAUCAGACCCCGUCUAUUUCGUAGCUCCCGCCAAAUUUCUUGGGAAUCAGCAGGUGAGCUAUGGGCGAAGCCUGGCCUUUGACUACCGCGUGGACCGGGGAGGCAGACACCCGUCCGCCCACGACGUGAUCCUAGAAGGUGCUGGUCUACGGGUCACAGCUCCCUUGAUGCCACUUGGCAAGACACUGCCUUGCGGGAUCACCAAGACUUACACGUUCAGAUUAAGUGAACAUCCAAGCAGUAAUUGGAGCCCCCAGCUGAGUUACUUUGAGUAUCGUCGGUUACUGCGGAACCUCACGGCCCUGUGGAUCCGAGCUACCUAUGGAGAAUACAGUACCGGGUACAUUGACAACGUGACCCUGAUUUCAGCCCGCCCCAUCUCUGGUGCGCCAGCACCCUGGGUUGAACAAUGUGUGUGUCCUGUUGGGUACAAGGGACAGUUCUGCCAGGAGUGUGCUUCUGGCUACAAAAGAGAUUCAGCCAGACUAGGACCUUUUGGUACCUGUAUUCCAUGUAACUGCCAAGGAGGAGGGACCUGUGAUCCAGACACAGGAGACUGUUACUCAGGGGACGAGAAUCCUGACGUCGAAUGUGCCGACUGCCCCCUCGGUUUCUACAACGACCCGCACGACCCCCGCAGCUGCAAGCCGUGCCCCUGUCGCAACGGGUUCAGCUGCUCGGUGAUGCCCGGCACGGAGGAGGUGGUGUGCAACAGCUGCCCCCUCGGAGUCACUGGUGCCCGCUGCGAGCUCUGUGCUGAUGGCUACUUUGGGGACCCCUUUGGGGAACGGGGCCCAGUGAGGCCCUGUCAGCCUUGUCAGUGCAACAACAAUGUGGACCCCAGUGCCUCUGGGAACUGUGACCGCCUGACAGGCAGAUGUCUCAAGUGUAUCCACAAUACAGCCGGUGUCCACUGUGACCAGUGCAAAGCAGGCUUCUUUGGGGACCCCUUGGCUCCCAAUCCAGUGGACAAGUGUCGAGCUUGCAACUGUAACCCAGUGGGCUCUGAGCCUGUGGAGUGUCGAAAUGAUGGCAGCUGUAUUUGCAAGCCAGGAUUCGGUGGCCUCAACUGUGAGCAUGCAGCAUUAGCCAGCUGUCCAGCUUGCUACGAUCAAGUGAAGAUUCAGAUGGAUCCGUUCAUGCAGCAGCUCCGGAGCCUGGAGGCCCUGAUUUCGAAGGCUCAGAGUGGUGGUGGAGGAGCACCCAACGCAGAGCUGGAGGGCAGGAUGCAGCAGGCUGAGCAGAGUCUUCAGGACAUUCUGAGAGAAGCCCAGAUUUCAGAAGGUGCUGUGAGAUCUCUCAAUCUCCAGUUGGCCAAGGCAAGGAGCCAAGAGAGUAGCUACCGGAACCGCCUGGACAACCUCAAGAUGACUGUGGAAAGAAUUCAGGCCCUGGGCAGUCAGUAUCAGAACCGGGUUCAGGAUACUCACAGGCUUAUCAGACAGAUGCGCCUGAGCCUGGAGGAAAGCGAGUCUUCCCUACAGAAAACAAACAUCCCUCCCUCAGAGCACUACGUGGGGCCAAAUGGUUUUAAAAGCCUGGCUCAGGAGGCUACGAGAUUGGCAGACAGCCAUGUUGAGUCAGCCAGUAACAUGGAGCAACUGGCGAGGGAAACCGAAGACUAUUCCCAACAAGCUCUAUCACUGGCACGCAAAGCUCUGCAGGAGGGCGGUGGCAGCGGCAGCCUGGACGGCUCCAUGGUGCAAGGGCUUGUGGGAAAAUUAGAGAAAACCAAGGCUCUGGCCCAGCAGUUGUCAAGGGAGGCCACUCAAAUGGACAUCGAAGCGGAUAAGUCUUACCAGCACAGUCUCCGCCUUCUCGAUUCUGUGUCUCAGCUUCAGGGAGUGAAUGACCAGUCCUUGCAGAUAGAAGCGAAGAGGAUCCAACAAAAAGCUGAUUCUCUCUCAGGCCUGGUGACUGAGCAUAUGGAUGAGCUCAAGCGUAUGCAGAGCAGUCUGGGAGACUGGGAAAAAGAAACGCGGCAGCUCUUACAGAACGGAAAGAACGGGAGACAGAAAUCAGAUCAGCUGCUUUCCCGUGCCAACCUUGCAAAAAGCAGAGCCCAAGAAGCACUAAGUAUGGGCAAUGCCACUUUUUAUGAAGUUGAAAACAUCUUAAAAAACCUCAGAGAAUUUGACCUGCAGGUCGAAGACAGAAAAGCAGAAGCCGAAGAGGCCAUGAAGAAACUCUCCUACAUUAGCCAGAAGGUCGAGGGCGCCAGCGAGAAGACCAAGCAAGCGGAAGCCGCCCUGGGCGGUGCUGCUGCCGAUGCCCAGAGGGCAAAGAAUGCGGCCGGGGAGGCCCUGAAGAUCACCGGCAAGAUCGAGCAGGAGAUAGGGAGUCUGAACUUGGAAGCCAACGUGACAGCAGACGGAGCUUUGGCCAUGGAGAAGGGACUGGCCAGUCUGAAGAGUGAGCUGAGGGAAGUGGAAGGACAGCUGGCGAGGAAGGAGCAGGAGCUCGACAUGGACGUGGACGCCGUGCAGACGGUAAUUACAGAAGCCCGAAGAGUUGAUAACAGAGCCAAGGAUGCUGGAGUUACAAUCCAAGAUACGCUCAACACAUUGGACAGCAUCCUGCACCUAAUAGAGCAGCCCGGCAGUGUGGAUGAAGAGGGGCUGAUCUUACUGGAGCAGCAGCUUUCCCGAGCCAAGACCCAGGUCAACAGCCAGCUGCGGCCCCUAAUGUCAGAGCUGGAGGAGAGGGCCCGUCAGCAGAGGGGCCACCUCCAUUUGCUGGAGACGAGCAUAGAUGGGAUUCUGGCUGACGUGAAGAACUUGGAGAACAUUAGGGACAGCCUGCCCCCGGGCUGCUACAACACUCAGGCUCUUGAGCAACAGUGAAGCUGCUGUAGACAUUUCUCAACUGAGGUUCUCAGGAUACGGACCUUAGGGCUCAGGAGCCAUCACACGCGGAUGAGGCGGGAUGGGGACAUUUGAACGUGUUGAAUAGGCAUGCUCAUGUCAGCGGAAGCUGGCCCCAUCCCUGAGACCGUGGCCCGAUAAAUGUCUUAAUGCACCAGUGUGAUACUCUUUGCUUCCUGAUGCUGGGCAUGAGGGAAAUAGCAUUGAGUAUGAGACACAUCAAGGGUCUGGAGCCCAAAGGGUAGACUGGAUGGAAGGACAGACUGUACGGGCAGCUGUGUGCCUCAGAGUCCUAGAGUACGGACAGGUCCUACUGGGUGAUACUCAGCUCCUUCUUUGCAUAAUGUGACCAAAGGAAAAUUUUUUUGACUUUGCUCACACAUAAAAUUCUUCUUACUGUUAGAACAGAACGUGAAGUCCAGUCAUACUGUGACCAGUAAAGUACUGUUGCCUCAUAGCAUCCGAUGUUCUUGUCAAAGUCCCUCCCACUCACCACCCAGCACGUAAACACAUACUCCACUUUCAGGCUGGAAGAAGUGAGCAGCGAUCGAACGAGAGGCUGUCAGCCUGGCCCACUUGGAACAGUGGUGCCUGCUGGUGCCCUGCUGCCUGUGCACUCUGGGCCUGGGAAUGACAUCCUUUCUCCUGAUGAUGACACGGCAUCAUCUUAGCAGUGUUUCCUACCAGUAAAGCAAACAUUGGGAAGGUAUUUACUUUUGGGUUUCAAAGUGGUAGAAAAAUGUGGUUUGGACAUUGAAAGAAGUACAAUUAUCUAGAAGAUUUAUUAGUGCUAAUUCGAUCCACUUUUCAGACAUUAAAAAUGACAUGCAUCUAUGUGUUUUUAUCUCAUUCUCCCCUCAAAGCAGAGAAUAUUUCUACUCACACUUGGGCUGGGUGGAAUCCAUCCAUCCAUUCAUCCAUCCAUCCAUCCAUCCAUCCUUACAACAUAUAUUUAUUUGAGUACCUACUGUGUGCCAGGGGCUGGAGUACAGUGGUGAUAUAGUCUUUGCCCUCAGAAUUGAUUGUCUAGUGACGAAGACAAACUAAAAAAAUAAAUUUAAACUUAC